AUGUCGGCGACAGGCGCCAACAAGCGGCCAGAGCCGCGCAGGCUCGCCAUCGGCGUGGUCGGCAUCGGCCGCAUCGGGCGCCAACACGCGCUCAACGCGCUGCACAACGUCCACCGCACCAAGCUGGUCUGCGCCUGCUCGCCCGCCCCGGCCGACCUGGAGUGGGCCGACGAGGCCCUGAUCCCGUACGGCGUCAACGUCUACCCGUCGUUCGAAGAGAUGAUCGCGGAGCCGGGGCUGGAGGCCGUCAUCAUCGCGUCGACGACGCUGCUGCACUACGAGCAGGUGGCGACGUGCAUCAAGCGCGGGCUGCACGUGCUGUGCGAGAAGCCGCUGUCCAUGUCGGUGGCCGAGUCGCAGGCCAUUGUCGACCUGGCCUCGCAGCCCGAGUACCGCCACCUCAAGGUCAUGACGGCCUUCUCGCGGCGCUUCGACGACUCGUACCUCAACGCGGUGGCGCAGAUCCGGGACGGGCGCAUCGGCACGCCCGUCGUGGUGCGCAGCGAGACGCGCGACAAGUACGACGACAGCGAGUUUUACGAGCGCUACGUCAUGGCGAACCCGGGCAUCUUCAUCGACACGGCCGUGCACGACAUCGACCUGACCUUUGCGUUCCUGGGCCCGCACCUGCGGCCCAAGUCGUGCCACGCCAUCGGCACCAUCGCCCGCCACCACAAGCUGGCCCAGAUCGCCGACGUCGACAACGCCACGGGCUGCGUCGAGUGGUACCCGCCGGCCCCCGGCGCCGUCGCCCCCAUCUCCUACUACUUCUUCAGCCGCAUCAUGCACCACGGCUUCGACAACCCCACCGAGAUCAUCGGCACCGACGGCGCCCUGAAGAUCAACCUGCACCCACGCCGCGACCUGAUCGUGCAGGCCAACAGCAACGGCAUCGGCAACGACGUCAUGCCCGACUUUUACGAGCGCUACGAAAAGGCCUUUGUGACGGAGCUGCGCGUCUACGCCGACGCCGUGCUCGACGGGAAAGAACUGCCCUACCCGCUGGGCGUGGCGGUCAAGGGCAUGGAGAUCGCGUCGGCGCUGCAGGAGAGCCUGCGGACGGGGAAGAAGAUCGAGUGGGACGAGGCGGGCAACAGGAUAGGGUAA